AAAAUAAUAAAAAUAUCAAAAAUAUCGGAAAUUGACUCAAAUAAAAUGUUCCUAGACAUUAGAUAAAAACUAUGGAUUCCGACAUAGAGAUAAAAAUACUAACUCAGGAUAUGGUUGAAGAGGCCUGUGAUUUUCUAUGGGAAAAUUUCUUCGUCGACGAACCAAUCAGCAAAUCUCUGGACUUGAGUCGUUCCUUCAUCACAGAGCAUAUUCUUUUCAAAAAAUAUCUUGCAUCAGGAUAUAGUUUAGCUGCAGUAGAUAAAUCUGGUAAAAUAGUUGGAGUUAGAGCUGGAGAUGUAGUGGAAUCUAACGAUAGGGUUGGAAGGUUUCUGGAGAACAGCAGUUUAUUUAGAAAAUUCAUCGUAACGUGGGCCAAUUAUUCAACAAAUAAGGACAACUUUGAUGUAUUUUUCCAGCUGAGGGAGAAAUUAAAUCACAACACAUUCACCUUCAUGGACGAGGUUGGUGCUUCUAAAGUGUAUGAUGCAAAGCUUCUCUGUACAAGUAAGACAACAAGAUCUAAGGGACUUGGCACAAAAUUGGUAGAAAGGUCCUUGGAGAUAGCUAAGGAGUAUGGAUGUGAGUAUCAAUAUGUAUUUGCUACAGGAAUAUACUCUAAUAGGGUAUUUGAUAAGCUUGGGUUUGAUGUACGGAGUGAAGUGGUGUAUGCUGAUUUCAAGGAUAAGGAGGGGAAACUACUUCUCAGUAAUACGGCUCCGCACGACAGGGUGAAGGUUCGAACCAAGAAGAUAGAAUAGAAGCAUCCUUUUGACCUUAUUAAGUUGCUAUGACAGAUCCCAGUGAUAUUUUCUAUUAGUUUUCCUUGAUCAAAAUCCAUCAGGUUUUCCUGCUUUUUUAUGCUUAAUUUUUACUGUUGUUUAUUCCGAUAAAAUAUAGGGGUGUAUAUUUCCCUUAAUAUUAUCCCCCCCUCUCCCAGAAAUUAAAAAACUUUCUUAAGGUUUUAUUGCUGCAUUGGGGAAAAUAAAUUAUUUUUUUGUGGA